AUGAAUAGAGGGAAAUUAACAACAAAUCCAUCUACAGUUCCAAAAGGUCGUCGACGUAUCCAUAUCCAACAGCUGCAAAAUGUUCUUCUAGUCUGGUUAGACAGUAACAUAGACGAAACAAAUGAUUAUUAUCAAAAUACAAUCACAACAUUACGACGUGCUAUUAAGGACGUCAAUACAUAUACAAAUGGUGAUCAAUGCCUUGAAUUCAUUCAAACAAUCGUCGACAAAAAGGUUUGUAUGGUUAUAUCUGGAUCACUUGAAAAACAUAUUGUGCCUCGUGUGCACAAUAUGUCUCAAGUUGAUUCAAUAUUUAUUUUUAGUGGCAAUAAAAUAUAUCAUCAACAAUGGAUCAAAGACUGGCCCAAAAUAAAGGGUGUCUUCACAGACAUUACACCUAUGUGUGAAGCACUCAAGAAAGCUGCUUAUCAAUGUGAGCAGAAUGCCAUUCCCAUGAGUUUCGUGGGACCAAAUGAAAAGUUGGAACAAUUAGAUCCUUCUUUUAUGUACACUCAAAUGCUUAAAGAAAUAUUAUUAACCAUCAAAUUCGAACAAAAACAUAUACAAGAUUAUCUUAAUUACUGUCGCGAUGCUUUUGUCAACAAUGAAGAAGAAAUGGUUAAUAUUGAAAGAUUAGAACGUGAAUACCGCACCAAAACACCCAUUUAUUGGUACACCUGUCAAAUGUUCUUGUAUCCCAUGCUCAAUCGUGCAUUACGGUUGAUGAAUGGUGAUACCAUUACACGUAUGGGUUUCUUCAUUAGUGAUUUGCAUCGACAGAUUGAACAACUGCACCGAGAACAAUAUCCCGAUACAACUGCUGUUAACACCUUUACCGUUUAUCGUGGCCAAGGUUUUUCUACAGGGGAUUUUGAACAAAUGAUGAAAACUAAAGGCGGUCUUAUUUCAUUCAAUAACUUCCUAUCUACUACUAAACAUCGCAAUAUAUCACUGGGUUUUGCUCAACGUGCUACGAUUAAUUCAGAUGAAGUCGGAGUACUUUUUAUCAUAGAAAUUAAUCCUGCUCUAUUAACAACACCAUUUGCUUCCAUUGCUGGUAUUAGCAAGUUUCAAAGAGAAGGAGAAGUCUUAUUUUCGAUGCAUAGCGUUUUUCGUAUUAAGGAUAUUAAGCAGAUGAGUGAAAAUAAUCGUUUACAUGAAGUUUAUCUGACACUUACUGCCAAAAACGAUCCAGAAUUGAGCAGAUUUAAUGAUUACAUUCGAAAAGAGAGCUUUCCAGACUCUGAAGGAUGGUACAGAUUAGGUAGGGUGUUACGUAAAAUGGGUCAAUUUGACACGGCUGAAGAUAUUUAUCAAGUUUUAUUUGAUCAAACAAAGAAUGAUAAAGACAAGGCACCUAUUUAUGUUCAACUUGGUUCGAUCAAAUAUAGUCAAGGUAAAUAUCAAGGGGCACUUACAUUCUAUGAAAAAUCACUUGAUAUCUAUCAAAAAACUCUUUCUCCCAAUCAUCCUAGUUUGGCUAUUUCCUACAGUAAUAUUGGUAAUGUGCAUAACAGCAUGGGUGAUUAUCCGAAAGCACUUUUCUAUUUUGAGAAAGCCCUUGAAAUUCAACAACAAUCACUUCCCCCCAAUCAUCGUGAUUUGGCUAUACCCUAUGUUAAUAUUGGUAAUAUGCAUGCUGAGAUGGGUAAUUAUUUGAAAGCAAUUUCAUCUUAUAAAGAAGCCCUUGAAAUUCAACAGCAAUCACUUCCUCCCAAUCAUCCUGAUUUGGUAUAUUUCUACAACAACAUUGGUAAUGCGCAUUCCAAGAUGAGUAAUUAUCGGAUAGCACUUUCUUGUUUUGAAAAAGCCCUUAAAAUUCAACAACAAUCACUUCCCCCCAAUCAUCGUGAUUUGGCUAUACCCUUUGUUAAUAUUGGUAGUGUGCAUGCUGAGAUGGGUGAUUAUCCGCAAGCACUUUUUUGUUUUGAAAAAGCCCUUGAAAUUCAACGACAAUCACUUCCUUCCAAUCAUCCUGAUUUGGCUGCUUCCUACAACAACAUUGGUAAUGUGCAUUGCAGAAUGAGUAAUUAUUCGAAAGCACUUUCUUAUUAUGAGAAAGAUCUUGAAAUCAGUCAACAAUCACUUCCUUCCAAUCAUCCUGAUUUGGCUUCUUCUUACAACAACAUUGGUAAUGUGCAUGCCGACAUGGGUAAUAAUCCAGAAGCACUUUCAUCUUAUGAAAAAGCUCUUAAAAUUCAACAACAAUCACUUCCUCCCAGUCAUCCUAAUUUGGCUGCUUCCUACAACAAUAUUGGUACAGUGUAUGACAACAUGGGUAUAUACACAAAAGCCCGUACAUUUUAUGAACAUGCUAUACAAAUUGGACAACAAUCAUUACCUUCGAAUCAUCCAAAUCUUCAACAAUGGAAAAAUAACCUCGAACUUACACUCACCACACUGAAUCUUUCGUACAACGGAAUUGGAGAUGAACGAGCAAAAUAUCUCAGUGCUGCACUACAAAAUAACACAACACUCACCAUACUGAAUCUCAACGGGAACGGAAUCGGAGCUGAAGGAGCACGACAUCUCGGUGAUGCACUUCAAAAUAACACAGGACUGACCACACUGAAUCUCAACUGGAACGGAAUCGGAGCUGAUGGAGCACGACAUCUCGGUGAGGCACUUCGAAAUAACACAACACUCACUACACUGACUCUCCGUUUAAACAAAAUCGGAGCUGAAGGAGCACAACAUCUCAGUGAUGCACUACGAAUUAACACAACACUCAUCACACUGAAUCUCAACGGGAACGAAAUCGGAGCUGAAGGAGCACAACAUCUCGGUGAUGCACUUCAAAAUAACACAACACUCACCACACUGAGUCUCUACAACAGCAAAAUCGGAAAUGAAGGGGCACAACAUCUUGGUGAUGCACUAAGAAAUAACACAGGACUGACCACACUGAAUCUCAACUGGAACGGAAUCGGAGCUGAUGGAGCACGACAUCUCGGUGAUGCACUUCGAAAUAACACAACACUCAUCACACUGAAUCUUAACGGGAACGGGGUCGGAGCUGAAGGAGCACAACAUCUUGGUGAUGCCUUACGAAAUAACACAGCACUUACGACACUGAAUCUCGAAUUGAACAGUAUCGGAGCUGAAGGAGCACAACAUCUUGCUGAUGCACUACGAAUUAACACAGUAAUACUCAUUCACUCUACGUUUAUGUCACAUAACUAUUGGCACUUUCUCAUAUAGACACUGACGACAAUGAAUCUCGCGGUGAACAGUAUCGGAGCUGAAGGAGCAAAACAUCUCCGUGGUGCACUACGAAAUAAGAGGGUAUCAUUAAGCUUGUGUUUGGAUAACCAUCACUCACGAAUAUAUUAGUCUAUCUUGUAGCAAAUGAACGAGUUCAGUCUAGUAGUGUGUACUUUUGUUUUUCAGUAAUCGAGUUGUAUGCACAAUAUUGAUUUUUUGUUUUAAGCUGUGCUUCUAAAAUAAUUAAUUAAAUGCAGAAUUCAAUUCGCGGACGCAUUUUGUCUUAUUGCAUGAAAUUUAAACCUGCAUUAAACCUGUGUAUAUGAAAGAGAAGCUUAAAGUAAAACGUAAAGGAAAGUGAGGAAAUGAACUUUAAGAGGCAAAUCAGAAGUAGGAUGAUAAGAUUUCAGUAGAAUAAGUAAAUCCUUGGUUCCUAUUUGUUUCUCAUCAGUUUCAGUUGGCAGCAAAGAAAGAUAAUGUUAGUUGUGUUGCUGAAUCGAUAUCUGACAGUAUUCAGUAAUGUUUUCAGUAGCAAGAUCAUGUGGUCCAAAGUCUAGUAUUAUUUUGGAUACUAUUGUGGAAGAUUUUUUGGAUUAAGUUAAUUAUUCUCAGCAUCUAUUAUAAUUGUUAGCAUUAAAUGACUGAUUAAGUUUAAAUAAAUGUUGAUCAUUAUUAUACUACUUAUUUAACGUUGUUGAAAAUAUGAAUAAGUGUAAUACGUUCCGUGGUCGAAGAUAUGGCAAUUGGCGGCAUAUGUUUAUUGUUAUGUACUUUAGUUAAUUUGAGCUACUAAGAUUUAGACAUAGAGAAGAUAGUUAAUCUAUAACUAAAAGGCGUGUACAAUGUAAAAAUAUAGUAGAAUCUUGGUUCCAAUAGGUGCUUUAUUACUAAUAAGAGACCUGUUCGAUUAGAUGUUUCGGUACUGAUCGGAUAUUUGCUUCAUUGUGUUUUUCGUUCUUAAUAUUCAUUAAAGAACGCCUAAUUCAUCAGCUAGGUCUCCCAUAACAUUACAUUCGUACAAUUGGAAUAAUACUGUAUAGAUGCGGUAGUAAUAUCAGCAACAAAUGAUUUCCAAAUUCACGAUGUUGAAUUAAAUUUACAAUCGGCAUUUUUAUCUUGACUGAAUAUAGUAGUUUUAUGUAAUUUAUCUGAUCUAAAGUGGCAUGACUAUUGAAACAAUAAUUCACAGUGAAUAAAUACAUUGAAGCUAGCUGCCAAUACCAUUGCAACCGAGUUUUGCAUUGGAAGUGAACCAAAAUAUGUAAAGAGCCAAAUGCACUCGGAAUAGUGCGUAAAAACAUAAAGUCGAUUGUAACAAAUGCGGUAAUAUUGAAUUGUAAAGAUCAUUCUAAUUGCAAGUUGAAUAUUCACAAUGGCUCAUUCAGAAUUUUGUCAGGACAUUAGCGCUCAUCUAGUGCAGUAUAAGUUUAUUUUGUUUCAUUAGAUUCUUCGUCUUUAAUAUUGACUAGAUGAGAUCUUAAGUAAUCAAGUGAAUUAUUUGUAACAUUAACGUGCAAGAAAGAAAAACAUUUCUUAAAAUUGAUUAUCUAUGUUUAUUGAAAAGAUCGAAUUGUUAAUUAUUCUAAUUUUCAUCAAGAUUUAUCAAAAAAAUUCAUUAUUAGUAGACGAUGACAUUUGUUCUCUUUGUUUGCUUUUAGUUUUCACAUAUUCGAGAUGAUUCAGUUUUUGUACAAGAAUUAACUAGAAUACUCGUUCUCACGAAGGCUAAAUUUUCAAUAAAUGGACUUACUGACCUUCUCUAUGUUCUAUCGAUUUUUUAACGUGAUCUGUUUUUGUACCAUUAGUAAAUGGAUCGAAUCUCGUAUCUCUUCUACUGAUAUUGUUCAAUUAUAUAAAAACGGUCAAGAUUUUUAGAAUCCUUGAAUAUUUUACAUGUUAUCAGAACCCAAUACAGAAGAGAGUAGCGAAUCACUCAGGAAACUGAGAAAGAAUCAUAAUCUGAUGAUGAAUUCCUGGAAGUUCAUGUAAUUGUUGAAUAAGUAUCACUAACUGCCGAAAAUAGUAUAAUCAACCCUAUUAAUUGCUACUGACAUCCCAUCAACGACAAGAAUAUUAGUCUUAUCGUUUACGAAACUAAUAGAUAUGUAGAACAAUACCUACUAACACAAAAGCUUAGCAAACGGUCUAAAACACCUUCAAUGAUUUAUAGUUUACCUAGGGAAACAGAACUUGAUAGUCAAUUUUCGACAUUCUGAAACAGUCAUCAUGAAGUUAUUAAAAAAACCCUUUCGAAGGUUAUAUAACUGUAGUAGCUAGCAACUUUUUUUUACAAGUAUUGAUCUCACACAAUACAACGAUACGAAUCUCACUGAAAAUUUGAUGAUAUAUUCAGGGUGAGUGUGGAUAAAGAAACGGCGCACACCCUCAAGAAAAUUGUUAUGAAAACGAAUAGGACUUCAUAUGUAUAUAUAGAUAUUCGUAUUCUAUUCAUUUAAUAUGCAUGAGCUUAUCGAUAGUAUGAACUAUUCUUUAAUAUUCGAACAGAAAGGAUAAUUAAUUCUAUUGAUGAAAUAAACUUUCUUUCUUUCUUAACUAACACAACAAAACUUUACUUGUUCAAAUAUAAUAACAAAUCUUUUCAAUAUGUAUUGUCUACCUUACCACUAGGUGCUGCUACUCAUAUCGUGUUCUCAAUAAAAACAAAGUUUCAAUAGAGAUAUUUUCUAUUUCAUAAGUUUUAUUGUACUUUCAAAAAAAAUGUACAAGCAAAUUAUAUUUUCGUUUUUAUCUUUUCGAGCUUUUUUCUCCGUUGUUGAAGGGUGG